CACUUACGUUUUUUACGUGACUUCUGUUACCCUAUGACUUGAUGUGCAAUGACUGUCCUGUGCGGUGAAGGGCAGGGAAGAAAAGGCUGCUGUCCAUUUGAUUUCUAUCAAAUAAGAAUCUUCAUGUAUUUUCUGAGUAGUUUUGGGUUUUCAGAUAGUUAAACUUUGUUGAAUUUUAGAAGGCUUAGUUUAGGCGUGGGGGAUCCAAAUACAGGGCUGAUGACUUUGUCCAGAUGGGUUCUUCCCUGAGUCUGUUAGUUGUGACCGGGUGGAUUUCCUUUUCUCUUGUGGUUGAGGCAGGAACCCUAGGAAAGAGAACUAUGAAGCAUGGUGUAGACAUUGGAGAACAUCCUCAUGGCUGUGGUAACUAGGAUGUUUGAUCAAGAUUACAUCUUUAUCAGAGCUGGAGACUGACCCCCUACCCACCACUGUGGUAAUUCAUUCUGUUCACAAGUCCACCAGGUCCAUGUGAUCAUCCAUCUCUGGUGCUAAGGUCCCGAGGCAAUUUAGAUACCAGCUUCAAUCAGCCAUGGAGAUGAUGAAUGUACUUUUUCAUCUGAGAUAUUUGUUUCCCUGCAAUUAGGUAGCAGAAGAAUGUGCCAGAAACCUAUGGGAUGCUGGGGGAGGUACAAAGGAGUGACUCAUCAUCGUGGCAAACCUUGAUUAGAUUUCUUGUGAAAUGCUGGGUAAUGGAGGAACAGGAUGAGCCUGGGGAUGAAGAGAGGAAUACUGGGAUCUUCAAUGGCAGGAGACAGAGUGAUCAGAAGACCGAGAUGAAUUUUAACACUAUUCUAGAAGAGAUUCUUAUUAAAAGAUCACAACAGAAAAAGAAGACAUCACCCUUAAACUAUAAAGAGAGACUUUUUGUGCUAACAAAGUCCAUGUUAACCUACUAUGAAGGUCGACCAGAGAAAAAAUACAGAAAGGGAUUUAUUGAUGUUGCAAAAAUCAAGUGUGUGGAAAUAGUGAAGAAUGAUGAGGGUGUUGUCCCCUGCCAAAAUAAAUAUCCAUUUCAGGUUGUUCAUGAUGCUAACACACUUUACAUUUUUGCACCUAGUGCACAAAGCAGGGACCGGUGGGUGAAGAAGUUAAAAGAAGAAAUAAAGAACAACAAUAAUAUCAUGAUUAAAUAUCAUCCUAAAUUUUGGGCAGAUGGAAGUUAUCAGUGUUGCCGACAGACUGAAAAAUUAGCACCUGGAUGCGAAAAAUAUAACCUUUUUGAGAGUAGUAUAAAAAAAGCACUACCUCCAGCACCAGAAACAAAGAAGCGAAGGCCUCCCCCACCAAUUCCACCUGAAGAAGAAGACAAUAGUGAAGAAAUCGUUGUAGCCAUGUAUGAUUUCCAAGCAACGGAGGCACAUGAUCUCAGAUUAGAGAGAGGCCAAGAAUAUAUUAUAUUAGAAAAGAAUGAUGUUCAUUGGUGGAAAGCAAGAGAUAAAUACGGGAGUGAAGGAUAUAUCCCAAGUAACUAUGUAACAGGAAAGAAAUCAAACAACUUAGACCAAUAUGAGUGGUAUUGCAGAAACACAAACAGAAGCAAAGCAGAGCAGCUCCUCAGAAGUGAGGAUAAAGAAGGUGGUUUUAUGGUAAGGGAUUCCAGUCAACCAGGCAUGUACACGGUCUCCCUUUAUACGAAGUUUGGAGGCGAGGGCUCGUCAGGUUUCAGGCAUUAUCAUAUAAAGGAAACAACAACAUCCCCCAAGAAGUAUUAUCUGGCAGAAAAGCAUGCGUUUGGUUCCAUUCCUGAGAUCAUUGAAUAUCACAAGCACAACGCAGCAGGACUUGUCACAAGACUGCGGUACCCAGUCAGUACGAAGGGGAAAACUGCUCCAACCACUGCAGGCUUCAGCUAUGAAAAAUGGGAGAUCAAUCCCUCAGAGCUGACCUUUAUGAGGGAACUGGGGAGCGGACUGUUUGGAGUGGUGAGGCUGGGCAAGUGGAGGGCUCAGUACAAGGUGGCAAUCAAAGCCAUUAGGGAAGGUGCCAUGUGCGAGGAAGACUUUAUAGAAGAAGCUAAAGUGAUGAUGAAGCUGACACACCCGAAGCUAGUACAGCUGUACGGUGUAUGCACCCAGCAGAAACCGAUUUACAUUGUUACCGAGUUUAUGGAGAGGGGCUGUCUUCUGAAUUUCCUCCGACAGAGACAAGGUCAUUUUAGUCGAGAUGUGCUGCUGAGCAUGUGUCAAGAUGUGUGUGAAGGCAUGGACUACCUGGAGAGAAACAGCUUCAUCCACAGAGAUCUGGCUGCCAGAAAUUGCCUAGUUAAUGAGGCCGGAAUUGUAAAAGUAUCAGAUUUUGGAAUGGCCAGGUAUGUUCUGGACGAUCAAUACACAAGUUCUUCCGGCGCAAAAUUUCCAGUGAAGUGGUGUCCACCUGAGGUGUUUAACUACAGUCGCUUUAGUAGCAAAUCAGAUGUCUGGUCAUUUGGUGUUUUAAUGUGGGAAAUAUUCACUGAAGGCAAAAUGCCUUUCGAGAAAAACACCAACUACGAAGUGGUAACCAUGGUUACGCGGGGCCACCGACUCUACAGGCCGAAGCUGGCAUCCAAACAUGUGUACGAGGUGAUGCUGAGAUGUUGGCAGGAGAAACCAGAGGGAAGGCCUUCCUUUGAAGAUUUGCUGCGUACAAUAGAUGAACUAGUCGAGUAUGAAGAAACUUCUGGAAGAUGAGUGGUGUUUUGACCCAUGGCUUACAGAUUCCACAGCAUGAGGAAGAAAUGGCACUUUGCAGCUAACUUCUAAUUUAUUUAGCACUUGGACAUAUAGACAGUUUUACUUACAAAGUGGAAAAACCUAAAGCAUUUGCAUCUAGACCAGUCCUAGCUCUGGGACUGAAUCUUUUAGGUUAUGGAAAUGUUGCCUGAGAGAUGGUGAUUAAAAACACUCACUUUUUUCCAUCCCACAAAUAUUUGAGUGUCCACCACGUGCUAGAUACGAUGCCCAGACCCCAAGGUUUUCCCAUUUUAAGGGUGUAUAUGGGGCCAUGUUGGCUGAUGUCUGUGGAAGGUCAGGAUAUUUGGGAAGGGAAAGGGAAUUAGAGCCUUUUUCCUGCAACCUUUCUCUUUCCUUUGGCUUCUACAGAAAUCUGGGCCUGAGGCAUUGUCUAGAAUGUGGGUUCUGGAUGAAUCAGAAACCCAUCUUGGAUAAGUACCCCUCUUCUGUUUUGAAAACAUCUGUUUUUCAAGACUGCCAUUAGUAUUACAUUAAAAAAUAUUUGUAUGCUGUAUAUAUUGUAAAUA